AUGGUGCAGGCCGGAGGGACGAAUCCUUGUGCAUGUGAUAAAAACAGCGGACCGGACCACGAUAAAGGGCCUUGCGAGAAAGCAGAAUGUCCGCAGUGCUAUUCUUGUUGUCUUCCCAGAUGUGGCGACUGUAAGAAGCAGUGCCAGGAAAAUGGGAAGUGUAAAUGUUCUAAUGCUUGCUGUGGUUGUCCGACUAAUUGUUUGGACAAGUCGGCAUCUGAAAGUUGCGAAGGAAUAGGAACUGGUUGCCAGCGUUGUGUUAAACGAUGUAACAAAGAAAAACCAUGUACUUGUGACGGGUAUGUACUUGGCAGGUGCGAUGGACCGUGCAAAGGCCAUGUCAGAUACGACCAAAACGGUGCUGUACGGGACCGCAACGAGGAACCCAUAAUCCAGUGCGAUGAAUCUCACCAUGGUAAAUGUACCGCAAAAUGCAUUAAGUGGGCUUGUGUAGAGAAAGACAAAAAUGGUAAUUGCAUCAUCAAAUGCACCUACUGCGGUAAACUAUGCGGCCAAGAUAAAUUUAGACGAUGCUGCUACAUAGCUAUCCCCGUAGUUAUCAUUGUGUUAGCAUUCCUUAUUUUCCGGUUUAUGCUCCCCGAGAAGUUCCACGCGAUUACGACUAAAAUACGCGCCGCAUUUCCCAGUUCUCCUAGGCAUCCCGGAAGAUCCCUGAGUAAUCUCGUCGGUGACAGAAUUCCCGAGGAGAUGAGCGUCGACCGCUACCCCGCCUUCCGACCAAAGGCAUUUUCUGGCUUGGCGUAG